CCGGCUUAUCAUUUUGUGGUGCAUUGAUACUACUAAAGCAUCGUUUGAGUUUCUUCUCGUUCUCCGUACCAUCAUCAUCAUCAUCAUUAAAAGAUACACACGCCCCGACCACGAGGAACGCGCGCGUCAUGUGUGCCAAACCAUCUGGCCUGUCCAGCAGCCCUUCGUAGCCUCCCUCCCCGUGUUCGGGUAGUGUGUUCGGAACUUUCAUACUGCCCAGCCUGAUUGCAGCAGACAGUUCUUAUCAAAUCCGUCCUCAGACGGAACAGAGUGAAAGUGGUCCUCGGACAGUGUGCAGCAGAGCAGCAGCAGCAGCAGCAGCAGCAGCAUCAUCAUGACGGUCGCAGCAUCAGAACCGAAGACGGGCGGUGGCGGCGGUCUGAAGCGCGAGAUGGGCCUCAUGUCGGCGAUUAACGUGAUCAUCAGUGUGAUGAUCGGUUCCGGCAUUUUCGUGUCACCGACCGCGGCCCUGCGCUACUCCGGCAGCGUCGGCUUCUGUCUGGUCGUGUGGACCGUCUGCGGUGGCAUCUCACUGCUCGGGGCGUUGUGCUUCGCAGAGCUCGGUACGGUCGUGCCACGGUCCGGCGCCGAGUAUGCCUAUCUAAUCGAGGCAUUCAAAAAGUCGCACUCCUUCUGGGGCCCGCUGCCGUCCUUCAUAUGUGCGUGGGUGUACGUGAUGAUCCUGCGGCCGGCCGAGAUUGCCGUCAUCAUACUGACGUUCGCCGAGUACUCGAUACUGCCCUUCCGGCAUCUGCUCGGGCUGGAGUACAUGGCGGCGGACGAUCUGCAUCUGCUUAUCAAGCUGAUAGGCAUCUUGGGGUUAGGCAUUAUCACGUACAUCAAUCUCAGCAGCGUGAAGCUGUACGUCACCAUCAACAACGUGUUCGGGUUCUGCAAAGUGUUCGCCUGUCUGGUGGUCAUCUUUGGCGGCGUGUACCAGCUGGCGAUUGGCAAUACGGAAAAUUUGGCCGGCGGGUUCGAGGGCACCAACACCAGCCCGGGCCACAUCGCGCUCGCCUUCUACAAUGGGCUGUGGGCGUACGACGGCUGGUCAAGCGUGACGACCAUCACGGAGGAGAUCAAGAAGCCGGAGGUGAACAUUCCCCGCUCGAUCAUGAUCGCCGUACCGAUCAUCACCGGACUGUACGUGUUCAUGAACCUGGCCUACAUGACAGUCCUCUCGAUGGGUGAGAUGAUCGCCUCGGAAGCGGUCGGUAUCGAUUUCGGCGACCGUGCGCUCGGUUCGUUUUCGUUUCUGAUUCCGCUCGGCGUUGCGCUGGCCACGUUUGGUUGUGCCCUCAGCAUUCAGUUUGGCGUGACGCGUCUCUGCUACGUUGCCAGCCAGGAGGGACAGAUGCUGGAACCGCUCUCAUACAUUCACGUACGCCGUGCUACACCAGCUCCGGCUGUCGCAAUGCAGGGUAUACUGGCGCUCGCGUUCAUACUGGUCGGCAACAUUGAGACGCUGAUCGAGUUCGCGUCGUUUCUGAUCUGGUUCUUUUACGGGGCAGCCGUCGUUGCGCUGCUGGCCCUGCGCCGCACCCAGCCGGACGUGCACCGGCCGUAUAAGGUGCCGCUGAUCGUGCCGUACAUUACGCUGGCGGUGUCGAUCUUCCUCUCGAUCGUGCCGGUGAUUAGUGAUCCGUCACCGAAGUAUCUGUUUGCGGUGGCGUUCAUCUUGAGCGGCGUGCUGGUUUACACACCGUUCGUGUACUACAAAGUGCGACCCAGAUGGAUCAACAAACUCACCUUUCUCAUUCAAGUACUCUUCGAAGUUGUUCCAUCGUCUAGCAAGUUAGACUAGCAACAAUGAUUUAGCAGUUUGUGGUUAAAAAUAAAAUGGUUACUAUUUUCUAA